AAGAUUUUCCGUCGAAGUACUAGUGGGCGAUACAUGCGUAAAAAUCGUACUACUCCCAACCUCGCCGGACUCGCAAUCGUUCCGGCUAAUCCACAUCGCCGAACAGCUCCAGCCCAAACCCUAGCCCAGCACAUGGACCACGACGCCGCCGCUGCUUCCCCGUCUGCAUCGCCCUCCUCCUCCGGUGCCUCCCCCUCGCCGCGCUCCAAGCGUCGCCGCACCGACCGCUAUGCGCUCGGCUUCGAGUUCGCUCCACGCUCUGCGCCCUCAGCUCCGGCCCCGCGCACGACGCCUGAGUGGACGGAGGAGUCCACCUUCGCGCUCCUCGACGCCUGGGGCGAACGCUUCGCCUGCGACGGCCGCCGCAGCCUCAGCGCCGACGAGUGGCUCGAGGUUUCCCGCAUCGUAGCCGCCGCCGCCUCCCGCCCCGCGGGAUACUUCUCCGAGUCGCAGUGCCGCAACCGCAUCGACACCCUCAGGAAGAUGUUUCGGAAGGAGAAGGAGAGGUCCCGCCUGGCUGCCCACCGCUCCAGCAACCCCGCGCCCUCCAAAUGGGUAUACUUCGACAAGAUGCUGUCCCUCAUGUGCCCACCGACGCCGACCCCGCCGCCACUACUGCCGCCACUAACUCCUCUCGUGACGCGGCGCCGUGACACGCAUCCAGUGCCACGCCGUUCAUGGGGGGUGGACGUUGGGGAGCUUGUGCUCGCUGGAUGUAGCAAAGUGGUACCAGGGAAUUCAGUGCCAGAUGUGCAAUUGAGGGAAAAACAGACAUACGAGCCUGUCGCAGUACAGGGGGAGGAAUAUGCGAUUCUCACAGAGGCAAUUCAUAGGCUUAGGGAGGUUUAUGAGAGGGUGGAGAGUAGCAGGAGGCAGCACAUGGCGGAGUUGAAACGUAUGCGGAAGGAUAUGCAAAGGGAUCUUGAGGUGAGGCGGAGAGAGAUUUUGGAGAAGGCACAAAUGGAGAUAGCGAGUCUUGAGGAGGAGGAUGCAAAGGAUGGUGCUGUUAACAAUAGAUUAGAGGAUUACAAUGGUGUUGAGGAGCAGAACAAUGGCGCUUUGGAUGCUUCUCCUUAGCCCAGCACGUACAAGUUCAGCAAAUGAGGAACAAAGCUGGGAUAUCAUGUCAAUAGUUGGAUCCACAAGGUGUUUCAGACACAAAAUGGGGAUAUCAUGUCAAUAGUUGGAUCCGGUAGCCUUAAUUACGAUUGGUAUUGUUAGAUAUUAGGACUGUCAGAUAUCCGAGUUUAACUCAAUCUGUCGACGCCCCGUGCAGUUUGUUGUAUAAUUAUCUUUUGUAUCACUCGUGUGAAGCUGAACAAAAUAUCAGUGAUUACUUAAUUGUUGUAUUUUCCCCAGUUA